AUGGAUACUAAGAGAACGCUGCAGAGUUCUGUGCUGGCGUUAACAGAUGAGACUCUUAUAUCAAUGAGUAUAGUAGUAAAUGCGACAAGGGAGGUUACUAAUGACGGGGUUGAACAGUGCGAUCCUCAAGUUAUCACUCAAGCAUCAUCUCUAAGUAAGCUGCCUGUGGAGCCUUCCUCCAUGGAUAUUGUUGUUUCCAUUUGCAGAUCAAUUGAAUUUCCUGGUGAACUGUUGGUAAAGGAAAUUUUUAGAGUGUUGAAGCCUGGUGGCACUAUUUUGAUUUGCAGUUCUCAGCAAUCCGGGAUAGGGGAAACUGACAAGGCAAUUUCGGGUCUCCAGCGCAAGUUGCUUUUGGCUGGAUUCUUAGAAGCGGAAGCUCUGAAACCGAAAUCUGAUGGACUCUCCAACGUGGUUCAUUCUUUUGGGGUCAAGGCCAAGAAGCCUUCUUGGAAUAUUGGAUCGUCCUUUGUGCUAAAGAAAUCCAUAAAAUCAUCGGUCAAGGUUCAGGUUGAUGAUGAUUCGGAUUUGAUUGAUGAGGAUAGCCUUUUGACUGAAGAGGAUCUGAAGAAACCUCAGCUACCACCUGUUGGUGAUUGUGAAGUAGGAAGCACAAGGAAGGCUUGCAAGAACUGCACUUGUGGUAGAGCUGAGGAAGAGGAGAAAGUGAAGUUGGGACUCACUAUGGAUCAGCUGAACAAUCCUCAAUCAGCAUGUGGCAGUUGUGGACUAGGGGAUGCUUUUCGUUGCGGUACAUGCCCUUACAAAGGUCUCCCACCAUUCAAACUUGGUGAAAAGGUUUCGCUGUCUAAAAACUUUCUUGUGGCAGACAUUUGA